CAGUGCCUAGGAGAUUUGAUAAAGUUGGGUGUGAUUGAGGGCUCUGGGCAAAACCGUCGUGGGUCCACUAGCCGCUGACUUUCUAGGACAUCUGUCUGGCUUAGAGCCUUUUUCCUAAACUGGGAGGUGAUGGGAGGGAGGGUGUUGGGGGAGGAGCCCAUGAAUUUGGAGAUGAAAAUCUGCUGCAACUUGGGGCCCUUUAAUUCGUGAAAGAGGUGCUGUGUUUUGGGUGUUGGCCCCUAGUUCUCCAGAACAUUACCAGAGGGAACAAGCUAGACAUUGCGGAAUUGUGGGGUAGGGAGGGGAAGCUGCAACAGAACGUGUCAGCAGGAUCCCGAGGGGGCAAUAGGGGUGUGAUACCUUUUACAGCCUGGCGCCCGAAUUCGGAAAGAAUUCGGAAAGAAUCCGUCCACCAAGUGCUCAGUCGCGGUUGUGUCCGGUCUUUCCUCUUUCGGCCGGUGACUGUACCUCGCUGAACGAGCCUCUUCUAUGUAGUGGGUCCCGGUCCCAUCCUUUCCCGGGUUGACAGUCUUUCGGUGGAUUUCUGACAACGCCCUGCGCAGGAAAUUAACCCGCUGUUGGUGAAGGUCGAGUUGAAGGUCUGCUGUAGCAGGUGGCACUACUUGAAGCAAGGGAGGAAGUUUCCACAGAUCAGUAGAGGUCGACCUCCUAUAUCAGCUACACUGGCCUUGAAGAGGCUGAACACCAUCAUUCUCCAGCCUUGCACCCAGACUCAUAACUCUUCUCCCCAAGCCUUAGUAACUACACUAUUCCUUGGUCCCUGCUAUUGUCAGGGACGAUUGCAUGGGCUACGCCAGGAAAGUAGCCUGGGUGACUGCAGGACUAGUGAUUGGUGCUGGGGCCUGCUAUUGCAUUUAUAGACUGACCAGGAAAAGAAAGUGGAACGAGGAGAAAAUGGCUGAUGGAGGAUCUGGGGAUAUGGAUGAUGCUGGGGAUUGUCCUGGAGUCAGGUACAAUGACUGGUCUGACGAGGACGAUGAUAAUAGCGAGAAUAAAGGUAUAGUGUGGUACCCACCUUGGGCCCGGAUUGGGACUGAGGCUGGAACCAGAGCUAGGGCCAGGGCCAGGGCCAGGGCUACUCGGGCUCGUAGAGCUGUCCAGAAACGAGCUUCUCCCAAUUCAGAUGAUACUAUUUUGUCUCCUCAGGAGCUGCAAAAAGUUCUUUGCUUGGUGGAAAUGUCUGAAAAGCCUUAUAUUCUUGAAGCAGCUUUAAUUGCUCUGGGUAACAAUGCAGCAUAUGCAUUUAACAGAGAUGUUAUUCGUGAUCUGGGAGGUCUCCCAAUUGUUGCAAAAAUCCUCAAUACACGGGAUCCGAUAGUUAAGGAAAAGGCUCUAAUUGUCCUGAAUAACUUAAGUGUGAAUGCUGAAAACCAGCGUAGGCUUAAAAUAUACAUGAAUCAAGUGUGUGAUGACACGGUUACUUCUCGUUUGAACUCAUCUGUGCAGUUGGCUGGACUGAGAUUGCUGACAAAUAUGACUGUUACAAAUGAAUAUCAGCACAUGCUGGCUAAUUCUAUUUCAGACUUUUUUCGUUUAUUUUCCACAGGUAAUGAAGAAACCAAAUUUCAGGUUUUAAAACUCCUUUUGAAUUUGUCUGAAAAUCCAGCUAUGCUUAGAGAACUACUUAGAGCCCAAGUGCCAUCUUCAUUGGGUUCCCUUUUUAAUAAGAAGGAUAACAAAGAGGUUAUUCUUAAACUACUGGUCGUAUUUGACAACAUAAUCGAUCAUUUUAAAUGGGAAGAAAAUGAACUUACUCUGAAUCAGUUCAGCGAAGGCUCACUUUUUCUCUUUUUAAAAGAAUUUCAAGUGUGUGCUGAUAAGAUUCUGGGGACAGAAAGUCACCAUGAUUUUUUGGUGAAAGUAAAAAUUGGAAAAUUCAUGACUAAAGUGGCUAAGGAAAUGAUCUCAAAGAUCCAGGAAUAACUUCUUGAGUGUAUAGUUUAGAAUUAAUACAUAUUGUAAAUGUUCUUUUAUCUACCUUGUUUAUAUGAUAGAUGAAUCCUUUCAGACACCAAUUUUGAAUAUUAAGUACCACAAUGUAUCAUCAUUGCAGAUAUUUAUCCAAAAGAUGGUCUUCAGAUUUAAACUGAAUGAAUGACUAUCUUUACUUGUUCUGAAAACUUGUGUGUUUCUUUUUAUUUUGCUGCCUAUUUGGAAAUAUUUUACUGUUUAUGCUGCAUAAGUGACAGUAGACCAAUUCAUGAUCGGUAAGCUCCCACUCCCCCUGUCAGUUGCAUUCACUUCAUUUGUGUACCAUUAACAAAAUUGUGUGUUAAUGCUGAAAUGAAAGAAAGAAGUAAAAAAAUAAAUAAC